AUGUCUUGGGAUCCUGAAUUUGGUCGAUUUGAAACCUCUAUCUCACGUAUGUUCGAUGACUUCUUCAAAGAUCUUAAUGUUGCCAAACGUACAGGUGGUCCUGCUACUAGAAGUCAAUAUACACUCUACAAUUGGUCUCCUCUUCUUGAUGUUCACGAAACAAAGAAAGAAUUCGUAGUUAAUGCUGAAUUACCUGGCAUUAAAAAGGACAAGGUUAGUGUUGACAUAAAAGAUAACAAUUUAGUAAUUUCCGGAGAGAAUAAAAAAGAUGAAAAAUAUAAAGAAGCCGCUACACAUAUUCACGAACGUCCAUAUGGUAAUUUCUCUCGUACCGUGGCUCUUCCUCCAAAUGUUAAGACCAAUGAAAUCUCGGCAAAAUUAGAAGACGGUAUUCUUGAAGUGGUUAUUCCUAAAGCUGAAGCUUCUUCAGGCCAGAAAAUUGAUAUACAAUAA